ACGUCACGCGCUACUGCAACCACACUUAAACACUCCUUUAAUUUGUUUCAAACUCAAAUUCGUUGAACUGUAAUACAUGCAAUAGCUGAUAUUGAUAAUUAUGUAAAUGUAAUGUAAUUAGGACAGAUGAUUAAUCCACGUGUCUCAGGGGUGGAGACGCGCGCGCCUACAGUCUCCUGAGAGCCGCAGGUCUUCAGACGCUCGCGGGGACCAAACACACUCGGAACGAUCAUUAUGACAGCAAACCCCUCCGUCCUGCUGCUGCUGCUCACGACACUACUGGACACUCCGCUGUGUCGCGGUGAAGACGUGCUCGUGAUGUCAGCAGAGCAGGAGAGCCAUAUCCCAGAAUCCUCUGCUGACCUGAGCGUGGCGCGCAAGCAGAUCCUCUCGGCUCAGUUUGAGUGUUACCUAAAGAUCAUGUAUGAUCCGCCGCGCAGAGACCCGGGUGAGAUGCACACACACACACACACUCACUCACACACACACACACGAAUUGGGCAAACAAUUUUCCCAAAUGAAAUGUGUGACGUUUCUCAUUGCGUUCCAUCAGAGAAAGUGACCAAAGUGUGUGACUCGGACGGUCAGUGGUUUCAUCAUCCGGAAAGCAACCGUCUGUGGUCCAAUUACACGCAGUGCUCAGCGUACACUAAACAGAAACUCGAGCUCAUGUUAGUGAAUUACUAUCUGGUGAUGGUGGGACAGGGGCUGUCCAUCAUAUCGCUGUUCAUCUCCAUCUGCAUCUUCUCACACUUCAAGUGUUUGAGCUGCCAGCGAAUCACUCUUCAUAAAAACAUGUUCACCUCCUUCAUCCUGAACUCGUUCGCCACCAUGGCCUGGUUCUACUUCAUCUUUGGAGACCAGAGACAAGACACCAGAAUGGAUUCGUCUCAGAUCGGCUGUAAGCUGCUGGCUAGUAUCAUGCAGUACACCUCCUGCUCCAACUAUUUCUGGAUGUUGUGUGAGGGGAUCUACCUGCACACGCUCAUCAUCGUGGCCGUGUUCGUGGGAGAGCAGCAGCUGGGCUGGUAUUACGUCCUCGGCUGGGGUUUCCCAGUGAUCCCUGCAGUCCUGUAUGCUGUAGCCCGUCUGCUCUUCCACGAUGACAAGUGUUGGAUCAUGAAUAUAAACCUGCUGUACAUCACACACAGCCCCAUACAAGUCGCUCUGCUGGUGAGCUUCUGUUUUCUAUGUGAAUAUCUGUUAAAAUUGAUCACCAAACUGCGGGUCACUCACUGCAUCGAGACUAACGUCUACAUGAAGGCGGUUCGUGCCACCAUCAUCCUGGUUCCUCUGCUGGGCGCUCAGUUCAUCCUGGUGCCGCUGGAGCCCAGCGGACGCGUCUCUCGGGCCGUCUAUGAGUUCUUCAUGAACAUCUUCGCCCAUUUCCAGGGUCUCCUGGUGGCUGUAAUCUUCUGCUUCUGUAAUGGAGAGGUGCAGUCGGCGCUGCAGCGUAAGUUUGCGCAGUAUCGCGGUCAGUGGAUGUGCCGGCGUCUGGUGACCACUGACUCUCACUGUAACUACCACACAAACUCGUCCAUCACCGAGACCAGCCGCGUCACCAUCGGCCUCGAGCAUGGCCCCGCCAACACCAGCGGCACUGCGCACGUACUCAAUGGCCAGAGCAACGGCAGCGUCUGCUCCAAGAGCUGCGACGUGCUCGAGUCCACGGAAAUAUGAGCGUCUGUCUCAACAUGCGCACACAAUAUCACCAACACUACACAGCACUCCCAGCUAACACACAUGUUCUAAGAACGGUUGGCUAACAUUCAUAUUAAAGCUGCAGUCUGUACGUUUUGCCUCUUUGUCGCCAUCUCUGUUUGAAACCUGCAAUUGCAGUUAUUUGCGCAAUUAUUUUCUUUACGUGGGUUGUGCACCGGCACGGCUCCAGCGCGGAUGAAUCUAAUGUUUUGAGAAGUAUGUUUGGCUGUCAGUCACUGCACUGGUGUGGAUCCUGUACUUCGGGAAUCACAGAUUCUAGCCUACGUCUUGGAAUAUAACCCAAAUAA